AUGGCUCAAGCCGCUUCCUGGAAGCCAAAUGGAUAUCCAAAGCUAGCAAAGCUCAUGGGCAGGAGCUCAGAGGCGGCUAUCUUUCGACGCUUCAAUGAGAUCAACAUGCUUAACCUACUGAACCUUCAGGCAGAGAUAGCGGCGCUACGAAAAGAAUUUUGGUUGCAAUGCAACGCCGAUGCUAUUCGAGGCCCACCGUACGAGAAUCUAUCGCUAAGUUUCGAAACACAGCGUAGUGUCAACAGUGUCAACGACCCGAAAUACGAACACCAGUACCACAUCCUCCUCAGACUCAGGGCAAAGAUGAAGGAAUACAAUGAGCUCUUACUCCAAGUCUCACAACUCUCAAAGCUCAACGCGCCCUUAAAAGAGGACCUCUCCUUCUUCCGCACAUGGAUCCAAGACCCAAAGGGCGGCGCCGACUUCCUCGCCAAGAACAACAACGUCGAAUCCUUCCUCUACGAACCGGAAUUCACCAAGGACCUCCUGACGCUUAGCCAAUUCAGCAGCCCGGGCCCAGAGAACGAUCCCUUCGUGCGGCUGCUCCGCAAGAGAGUGGUCUAUUUGUACCACCUCUGCAUCGGGCAACGCCUCGAAAACCGCUCGCGGAUUGUGGAUGAGGAGAGCCAGACAGUGCAGUAUGAUGAAUCGGCUAUCAACAAGGGUGCGAACAUCAUCGCUACGGUGUUGAGCAGUACGCUACCGCUGAUAGCGAUUGUGAUUCUGAAUCGCUUCCAGCGUACGGAGACGAGGAUCAAUAUCGCGGUCGGGAUUACGGCGGCGUUUGCGCUGAUUCUGGCGUUGUUUACAAAUGCGAGGAGGGUGGAGGUCUUUGCGGCUACGGCGACGUUCGCAGCCGUGGAAGUCGUCUUCAUCGGCAGCGUGGCGAAAUCGUAGCACUUCCGUGAACGAGGAUAUGACGAGAACGGGGAAAUAGAACAAUAGGCCUUGGAAAGCCAGAAGGAGAAUCGCGCGAUUCAUAUAUGGUGGAAUUGUUGGUUGGGUGGGACUCAUCCGCUGUCCAAGUUGAGGGGUUC